GUAUCCCGGCUGAGACGGGGGGUGGCAACAUAGAAUACAUUGAUUUAGUGGGAAUAAAUCUGCCGAUCGGGCGGUUGGUCGGUCGAUGCCAUGGCUCUGAAGCAGAGCAUGCGGUUCUGCGCGGCCACCGCGCUCCUUGGCGUGCUCUCCUUCGUCCUCGCCGUCGUCGCCGAGCUCAAGAAGCCACCGUACGGGACGCCGAUCAGAGGCGCGGACGUGGUCGUCUGCCGGUUCCCGCCGGACCCGACGGUGGCGCUGGGCGCCCUCUCCGCGCUCGCCGCCGCGUGCUCCGCCGGGAUCGGCGCCGUCUCCGUCUUCUUCCCCUACGACGGCAGGUCCAUCCCCAGGAAGGCCCUCUUCGACUACACCCUGCUCCACGUCUUCUUCCAUCUCGCCAUUGGCGUUACGGUGGCCGGGAUAGGGACGACGACGUGGGCGACGGCGACGGAGGCCAUGCACCACGUCCGGAACGUGCACCGCGACCUCGGGUACGCCUGCCCGACGGCCGAGACCGGGCUGCUCGGCGCUGCCGCGUUCCUCAACCUCGACGCCUCGCUCUUCUGGCUCGUAUGCCUCAUGCUCGUCGGCAACGUCAGGGAGGACUACUUCGACGGCCGGGACGAGGUCAGCGGCGACCGUGGCGCGGGGAUCGGGGAAAAGUAAACCUCAGUUUUCGCAACAUGCGGCAUCCACAUACCCAUUGUAAAUUUGUAACCACGCAAGCAUGCAAUGCAACACGCGCCGUCUCCGUGUC